GCCACCAACCUUUUUCUUAUUCUUUCUAUAACACAACAUCCUUAAAUUAAGAGUGUAAAAGACUGAUCUCACCACUAAAAAAUCUGAGCGGAACCAUGGCAGCUUCUGGUGAGUGGAUGCAGUUCUAUCAGCAAAACCUGGAAGGAGAUUCCAUACCAUUUUCUGAUGCCUCUUUGGUCACUACCAGUAGCUCAUCCGAGAACAUUUUAGGCCCUGGAAACUUAUGCUCAACAACUUCUGAACCAUUGAACCCAAAAGGGUGUGUGUCAAAACCCAUUCGGAGACGAUCGAGAGCUUCAAAGAAGACUCCCACGACUCUCCUCAAUGCGAACGCUAACAAUUUCAGGUCCCUGGUGCAACAAUUCACAGGUUGUCCUAGCUCAACAUCAUUUUCAUUUGGGAGCAAGAAGGGUCCGGUCAACUUGAGUUUUGGCCUUGGAAAUGAGCAGAAUCAAAGAUAUGAAACUUAUGGGACGGCGGUUUUUGGCAACAGUCAAUUCUAUUCAGAUAAUCAGCAGUCACAGCAGUUGAGGCGACAGGAUCAGAUAUGGCAACAUCAACAACAACAACAACAUCAUCAUCAGGGACAAUUGUGCCAAGAACAGCAACAAUAUUUGGUGUCACUUGGUCAUCAUAAUGUUAAUAAUGAAGGAAUUUUCAGCUCUAGAGUCAAUAAUAACAUAGAGAUACCAGAAGGAUUCAGCUUGGAUGAUAUAGCUUUCAAUGAGCAUGGCAGGGAUGCUUUUGCAAAUCAACAAAGUGACUUCUCGUAAGGAAAAUUCAGUGAUCCAAGAAUUGAAUCUUUUCUUUUUUCAACCCACCAAUAUGUAGAACCAAAGUUCAAUUGUCCCAAAAAAAAACAAAAAAAAGACCCCAUGUCUCCAGCUAUCUGUUAUUUAGAGAAUUUUUCUUAUUGUUUAGAAAUGAAAAGUAUCUUUGGACA